CUUCUUCUUCAUCAUCAUCAUCCUCUCUCUCUUUCUCUGUCCUCUCUCUCUCUCAAACCUGUAAUCAUGGCAGCUCCUUUGAUCAUCAAGAACCAUACAGAUCACCGACAAGAUCCAAAUCCUAACCCGAAUCAUCUCUCCUCUUUGAUUCAAGAAGCCAAAUCAAUCGCCAAAAUAUCUCUCCCAAUGAUCUUAACUGGUUUACUUCUCUACUCUCGUUCAAUGAUCUCAAUGCUCUUCCUCGGCCGUCUCAACGAUCUCUCUGCUCUCUCGGGCGGCUCGCUCGCACUCGGCUUUGCCAACAUCACGGGCUACUCUCUACUCUCCGGUCUUUCUAUUGGCAUGGAACCCAUCUGUGUUCAAGCCUUUGGCGCCAAAAGAUUCAAACUUUUAGGCCUUGCUUUGCAAAGAACCACACUUUUGCUUCUCCUCUGUUCUCUUCCCAUCUCUCUCCUCUGGCUCAACAUCAAAAAGAUCCUUUUGUUCUUCGGACAAGACGAAGAAAUCUCGGACCAAGCUGAGAUCUUUAUCCUCUUCUCUCUCCCUGAUCUGAUUCUCCAAUCUUUUUUACACCCUAUCCGUAUCUACCUCCGAUCUCAAUCGAUCACUCUUCCUCUUACUUACUCUGCUUUCUUCGCCGUAUUGCUCCACAUUCCAAUCAACUACCUUCUCGUUUCUUCCCUUGGUCUCGGACUUAAAGGAGUCGCUUUGGGAGCAAUCUGGACUAAUGUCAAUCUCCUAGGGUUUCUGAUCAUCUAUAUUGUGGUUUCUGGUGUUUACGACAAGACUUGGGGAGGGUUUUCGAUGGAUUGUUUUAAAGGAUGGAGAUCUCUAAUGAAUUUAGCAAUCCCUAGCUGUGUCUCGGUUUGUCUAGAAUGGUGGUGGUACGAAAUCAUGAUUCUUCUAUGUGGACUGUUACUUAACCCGCAAGCAACUGUGGCAUCUAUGGGAAUCUUGAUCCAAACCACAGCUUUGAUCUACAUUUUCCCUUCUUCUCUUAGUGUUAGCGUUUCGACACGUGUUGGGAACGAACUAGGUGCGAACACGACCCCGUUUUUGUUGGAUUCUUUGGAUAUAGAAGAAAGUGGGAAUUAUAGGCAUUUGAAUGUGUUUUAAAAACCUUGUCUCUCUCCAUAUUUUGAUUUAUUGGCAUCUAACGAGAUUCGUUUCAUUGUACACUAAACUCUUCUAAUUGAUUAUUUUAGGAUGAAACAUUUGAUUUGUGAGAUAUAUUUGAUUUCAAGUAAUGAAUGUUACAAAGGUUGUUUGAUUUGA